AUGCACCACCCUCAGACCACGCUCAGACGAAAGAUCCUGCAGGAGCACGAAGAUCGGCCACUGCGACGUGCGGACCUGCACGCGGGAGAAGAGUUUGAACACGAAGGAGCCUUCACACAGUGUAAAAAGCACGUCCUAAAACGGACGCUGGUGCGUGAAGAACAAAAAUCGCUACGCGAGCCCUGCAACGACCGAGUCACGCUACGCGAGCGCUGGAACGGUUUCCAUUGUUUUGCUGCACACUGCUGCCAUCGACUAUUCAGACCCAUUCCACCAACAUUCCUGAUAAAGCCGCAAGAUCAGAAGACGGCCCUGAACGGGGUGGCAUCGUUCAAGUGUACCGCCUCAGGCAACCCCCAGCCAUCCGUGUUCUGGACGAAGGAAGGCUCCCAGACGCUCAUGUUUCCCAACAAUACGUACGACAAUAUGCAGGUUUCGGUACAGGGGACACUUCAGAUUCGCGGUGUGCAGAAAGAUGACGAUGGUUACUACAUCUGCUCGGCGCUGAGUGUCGCCGGUUCCACGACCAGCAGGGCUUACUUACAGGUUCUUACAUCGGAGGACAGCAAUCCACCCCCGAUACUGCAGAUCGUACCGGCUAAUCAAACACUGCCCCGAGGCACGGUUGCUAUGCUGCCGUGCCGUGCCAGCGGUAAUCCGACGCCCAUGAUUCGCUGGAUGAAAAAUGCGACCGAUAUCAACCUUUCCGGCGGUAACGGGCGCUUUUCAAUCAUCCAGGGUGGCACGCUAAGAAUUGAUGGCAGGCAUACGGUAGAGGGGGCAGCCUACAAUGGGAGGGUAAAAUAUAAGUCCACCCAUUCCCAGUGA